AUGAAUCCGGCAGAGGCAGAGAAGGGGGCAGCGACACCCAUGAAGAUGCCCAUCUGCAUGAUAUGCAACAAAGAAAUGGCAACUGGCAGAGCCAGGACCAAGUGCGGGCACGAAUUUCACAAGACAUGUAUAACAACACAUGCCAGGUCGAAGUCGUCAUGCCCGACGUGCAAGGUAGUGUGCUUUGAGAAAGUCCAAGCGGCAAGUGACACGACCGCUGCGAGUACGAGCCAGCAGACUCGCCGGCCAGACUCACCCUGCGGGACUAGCCAAGCAGGAUCUCAGUCAGAAUCUCUAGGAAGCACAGCGGAGCUGCAAGCAUUGGUGUCCCAAUCAGUGAGCGCCAUGCAGGCGACGUUACUGGAACAGCUAUCGACACAGGUGGACAGACUAUUCCACCAAAGGGAGCGUCCAGAAAGGGAUGAAGAAGUUAGAGCUUGA